AUGACGAAGAUAUUCGCAGCUAAUACAGAAGCAAAGGAAAGUGAAGAAAAAGAGGCGAAGAAGCUCGGGGCAGUCACUGUGUCCUCCACUCUUCCACAGCCAGCCUUCUAUCCGAUUACACUACCUAUAUCGUCAAUUGUUUCGAAGAAGAAGAAAUGUCGAGCAUCACACAUCAUCAUAGCGUUGUUGCUUCUAUGGACUUUGAUGACCCUCGCAAUCGUGUUCCGUAUCGUUCCCAAUUCAUUUUACAGAAGUGUUCACAACUUUGUUUCAAGUGAUAAUGGAAUUGAAAGUGCUGCAAGAAUGCCACCAGCAAUAUCAGAUUAUGCUGAAACAAAUGCACGUGUAGCAGGAAAAUUUGAUAUAUUUAAUAUGCCAGAAAAAGAAGUCGAAAAAAAUCUAGAACAAGAAACAGAAGUAAUGGUGGAUAAUCGUCAGAGAAAUGUGAUUGAGAAUCAGAUUCCGGAAGUAGAAGUAAAUAAGAAUAAUGAUGGAGAUAUGAAACAAUUUGAUACCUCUAUCCCGAAUCGUUUUGAAGCAAUGAAAGCGAUUGAAAUGCUAUUAAGGAUUCCGGGUGUUCAACAGGUAGCCAUUGUUCAAAAUAACGGUAGAUUACCCGAGAACCCAAUACCAAAAUCCGAUUUUCCAGCUGACGAGAAUCUCAGAAAUACAGAAGAAACAAUUCCACCCCAAAUGAGACCAUUUGAAAGCGCACAACAAGCUGAAGAACGAGAAGUAGCAGCAGAGCGUGAAAUGCCCCGAUUUCUAAUGGGACCACAAAUACGAGAAGCACAGGAGCCUCAGAUGAUGCUUCCAUUUCAGCAGAUUCGCAUAUUGCAGCAACCUAUGCUACCUUUCAAUCGAGCUAUACCAUCGAUGAUGACAACAAUGAUGCAAAAUCAGCGUAAUGUACACAGUUUGCCAUUGCAUCUGGUGGCACCCAGAAUUCCUCCUAUGCAUCCUUUCCUCUUUCCUCAAUUACCGAAACUUCAACAGCAACAAAUGCCACAAGAGAUGAUCCGUAUUCCGAUUAUUCCACCUCAAAUGUUCAACAAAGCACCACAAGAUAACAUGGAAUCUGGUCCACCUGGCAUUAUUCCUCCUUCUCUUCGAGACAACACUAUAAAUGUACCUGAAGUAGAAAGAAAAGUGCCGCUAGUUAAAGAACAAACACCGAUAGUUCUCGAUGGUACUAGUACAAACAGAGACAUGAUCUUCAAGGAACUUCGAUCCCGAGCUCAAAUGCAACAACAACAACAACAACAACAGCAGAAUUUAUUACAACCAGUUCAGCCUUCGAUAAUGAUUAGACCAGCAAUUUCUGAUACCAUUCCCCCAGCUCAAAAAAAUGCAGACGAAAUUUUCCGAGAACUGCAACAGCAAACACUUAAAAUGCAAAUUGAACAAGAUCAGCUUGAAGCUGAAGUAAGACAGGAAAAAGUUAAAAAUGACGCACCAUCGCCAAUGAUAAUGAUUGCGGAUACAUUUCCCAGACAAGUCAUUGUGAAUGAAGUAGAAGACAUAGAAGCGGAAACAACUAGCCUUCCUGAAGACGAAACAACUGUCACUGCCACGCAAAGCACCACUAACUCAUCUGAACCUUUCGGAGCCUUUCUCAAACUUUUCGAUCUCAAAGAAAGCACAAAAGAGGAUGAUUCUAGUGAAGAGCACCAAGACAUUACAGCGAUCCAUGAAGAUAUUAAGCCAACAGUAGAGAAAUCAUCUGAGGAGGACAAAUUAAACAGUCAGUCAGCAUCUGAGAAGGAGAUGGAGAUGGGCGAUAAGACAGAUAACAAUGCUGCAGAAGCUAGUUUCAUUCAAGAUUCGCUCAGCACUAGCAUACCGGCAAUGAGUGAAGACAACUUGGAGCUAGAUCAGCCAGAACCUCCUUCACCGUCAGGUAUAUUUCCAGAUACUAAAUCAGACGAUAAUCAUGAUGGGGACACUGCAUUGGAUUCUUCGAUAAGUCUAAAUGAAGCACCCAAACGCCAGCAGUGA